AUGGAUAGAGUGAAUCAGUCUGUGGUAUCUGAAUUUGUGCUGUUGGGACUUACUGAUUCAUGGGAGCUCCAGAUCUAUCUCUUCCUAUUAUUUUCUAUGAUUUAUUUGGCUACUGUUUCAGAUAACUUUCUCAUUGUGACCACAGUUAUCACUGAUUCCCAUCUCCAUUCCCCCAUGUACUUCCUGUUAGCCAACCUAUCUUUUGUGGAUUUGUGGCUUUCCUCAGUCACCAUCCCCAAGUCAAUCAUAGACUUUUUUAGGGAUAGCAAGACCAUCUCCUUUGAAACCUGCAUGUGGCAGGUUGUCUUUGUACAUUUUUCUGGGGGUGGUGAGAUGGUGUUGCUUGUGACUAUGGCCUAUGACCCCUAUGUAGCCAUAUGCAAACCUCUUCACUAUACAAUUAUCAUGAGCCAGCAAAAGUGCAUUUGGCUUGUAGUGAUCUCAUGGGCUAUUGGGCUUGCACACUCAAUUAGCCAAUUGGCUAUGAUUGUGGAUCUUCCUUUCUGUGGCCCUAGAGAGAUAGACAUUUUUUGUGACCUCCCACUGGUGAUUGAACUUGCCUGCAUGGAUACUUAUACCCUAGGAUUAUUGGUGAAUGCUGAUAGUGGAUUUCUUGCUACAACCUGUUUCAUCCUACUUUUGAUUUCUUACACCUAUAUCCUACUCACUGUUCACCAUCACUCCACAGAUGCGGUAUAUAAAGCCCUGUCCACUUGUACUGCUCACAUCAUGGUGGUGGUAAUAUUCUUUGUACCUUGUAUCUUCAUUUAUCUUUGUCCACUCAACAUUCCUUCAGUGGACAAAUUUCUCGCUGUGUUUUAUGCAGUGUUCACACCUCUGUUAAAUCCUGCCAUCUAUACCUUGAGAAACAAAGAGAUGAAAGCAGCCAUGAAGAGACUGAGAAGUCAAUAUGUUAGUUCAAGGGAAAAAUCUUAG